AUGAUGAGUACGGUACUCAGCAAUAUUCCCUUGAAGAACUCGCUUGUGUGGUCCUCGCCAGAAAAGGGCUCGCGAGCCUGCGAUGACAACACCGCUUGCCAAAGCAUCCUCCACGAACAAGACAAUUUCCCACUCCCUUCCCUCAGCGCGGAUUCCGAGACCAGGACAUUAAUGGCCAAGGAGGGAACUUACAACUGUUUGCAUCUUGCCGCGCCAAGGUGGUAUUAUGAUCCGAGGUUGUAUCAAAUACGGUACUGGAACGAGAGCACGUCGAGGCGGGAAGAAUCGAGCGAGCUAAACAGGCCGACCCCGAGCGUCUGGAGACCGCAUCCCCCCCCCCCCGAGCAGGACGUACAGAGGGGGGAGCCGGAGGCGCGUCAGCAGCAAGCUCGCCACGACGGUGGCGAAGGGGGAGCAGAGCAGGGGCGGCAGCAACCGGAUGCCGGCGUCGACGGCGCCCGUGCCGUUGACCACCUGGAAACGCUGCGGGAUGGUGAUGAUUGCGGCCAUGAAGGGGAAGCCCGUAACACAUCGCACCGAGUCAGCGAGACCUCUUUUCUGUUUAUCGUCCCGAAAGACAACCACGAACGAACUAGCGUCAGGGACUUGACUCACCCGGCUUCAUGUCGGAGAGAAUAG